AUGGCCGCCUCGCUCCGCUUUUUGUUCUACCUUCUUAAUUUCUCCUUUUUAAUUUUAAUUAAAUUAAUUAAUUGUUUACAAACAACAGAAUCUGUUUCUUCUUGCGGCGUAGCUACACCUGCGGCCUUUGCUGCUGCAGAGUACCAGUUGCUGCUACGGCAGCCACUCCCCAGGCGAUACGCCACUGCUGCGGCUCCCGCAGCAGCAGCAGCAGCAGCAACUGCAGCAACAGCAGCAGCAGCAGCAGCAGCAGCAGCAGCGAACUCGUUUGCUUUGCCCAAGUGCCCCCCAGCCGACGCGCUGCUGUCGGCCAGGCCGCCGCUGCAGCAGCCGCCGCCAGGUGUGCACAAAACACCAGCAGCAGGAGCAGCAGCAGCUGCUGCUGUAGCACUGCAGCAAUAUGCAGUGAACGCCACGAGAGCAGCAGCAGCUGCUGCUGCUGCCCUCAAGUUUUUCCCUGCCAGAGUCCAGAACCCAACAGCGAAGCAACUGCUGCACCUACUCAUGCAGCAGCAGCAGCAGCAAGAGCAGCAGCAGCAGCAGCAGCGGCUACUAGUGCAGCAGCAGCAGUUGUCCAGAGAAAGAAUCGAACAUCUAUACUCCGCAGCAGCAGCAAAGCUGCGGCAGCUGCUGCUGCUGCAUGCACCCGCGCUGCAGCAGUACGCGAAUCUAAGGGGCUCAGUGGAGUGGCUUUUGUCUAAAGGAUUCCUUUUGGAGCGCGGGUGGAGUCGAGGCCCCUGCGUGUGCUUCGUCUCAGCAGCAGCUGCAGCAGAUGCAGCAGCAGCAGCAGCAGCAGCAGCAGCAGCAUCCAUGCCCGCAGCGCUGGAUGUUACCCCGCCUUUUCUUGGGGGCCUUCGGCUGCAUGUGGCUUCUGCUGCAAAGAAAGGACAGGUGCUGCUGCUGCCUGCUCUCACUGAAUGCACAGAAGUUCAUUGGUCUUUUCUUUUCGCACGCGCAGUUUUGGGAUCGACUCCUGCUGCUGUUUGCUACGUCACGGAUGCCGAAGCGCUCAAGUGCAGCAGCAGCAGCAGCAGCAACAGCAGCAACAACAGCAACAGCAGCAUCACGAGCGGCAGCAGCAACAGCAAUAGCAGCGGCAGCGACAAUAGCAGCAGCAACAAAGUAGGCAGCAGCAGCAGCAGCUUAGAAACCAGUGAAGUGCUCUCAACGCGUUUCACGCUGAGACGCCUUUUUCCCCGGAGGCCAUGGCUGGACGUUGUCUGCAACGCCUCUUGCCUCUCUUCUGAAGCUCUUGGCUCUCUGCAGGACAUUCUGCCAACGGCGCUGUACAUCGAUGGCUCCAUCCAGGAGCAGCAGCAACAGCAGCAGCAACAGCAGCAGCAACAGCAGCAGCAAGAGGAGCAGAGCUCGCCGCUUGCGCGGAGUAUAGCAGAGCUUUUACAGCAGGUAAAGCCUCUUGCUGCGGCUGCUGCUGCUCGGCAGCAACAGCAGCAGCAGCAGGAUCCAUCAGAAGUCCUGCACGAUGCUCUUGGAGUGUACGACUUAAUGCGGCGAAAGCGAGGAAACAUAGAUUGA